AUGCCAAGAAAUCGUCAAAAGACCACCGCUAAAGCGACUUGGACUGAAGAAGACCUUCAAUCUGCUAAAACUGCGAUUGAAGGAGGUUUGUUCAAAAGAAAAGCCGCAAAACAAUAUAACAUACCAUUUACUACUUUGAGAGAUCGACUAAAAAAUAAAAAGAUGAGAAACCCAAGACUAGGUCGCAAGCCCAUUUUCACCCAACAGCAAGAAACUGAAACUGCUGAACAAGUUAAGAUGCUGGGUUCGCUAUACUAUGGACUUAAUGUCACAGAUUUGAGUAAACUUGUUUAUAAAUACGCUAAGCCCAACAAUAUCAAAAUCAAUUUUGAUCAAAACAGCAAAACAGUUGAAUUGGAUUGGGUACAUGGCUUUAAGAGAUGCAAUCCUUCAGUUUCUAUACGCAAAGCUGAAACGACAAGCUUAAAUAGAAUUUUUGCUUUCAACAAAGAAGAAGUAACAUAUUUUUAA